UUCCACAGAGCAGGAGGUUGAACUGAGUGCGCCCAGUGCACAGAAGCUGUCCUCUGACCUUCGACCUCUGAUGUUCUGGAUGUCCAAUGCCACAGAGCUCCUCAACUUCUUCCAGGUCAAAGCUGAGGCCAUGGAGAGAGACUGGGAGUUUGAGGCUCCUGGUGACCCAGUGUUGUCAGCUGACCUGGACACCUGCUCCGAGGCCCUGGCGCAGCUUGAUGACGUGAUAAUGCACACCUUCCAACAGUGCGUGUACCACCUCACAAAGACGCUGUACUCCCUCCUCCCAGCUCUCCUGGACAACAACCCUUUCUCCAGCCUGGAGAAAGAGAAGGAGAGAGAUGAGGCAAGGGAGAUGGAUGGGGGUGAGGGUGGUGGAGGGGAGGGAGAGGGGGAUGACGUGUCCUCCCUCCCCCCUACGGUGGCUGGGCUGGUGGAGGUGUACCGUUGCUCCCUGAUGCUGUCCCGGGAGGCCUGCCUCUCCCCCCCACUCACCUCCCAAACCUUCGGCUACCUCUUCUUCUUCACCAACACCUCCCUGCUCAACACACUGCUGGAGAGAGAUGGUCUGUUCUCCUGGUCUAGAGCGGUCCAGAUCCGUACAAACCUGGACCUGGUUCUGGACUGGCUGCAGGGCGCGGGACUUGGAGAUAUCGCCUCUGAGUUCCUGAAGAAGCUGUCCGUCACAGUCAAUUUCCUGUGCGUCCCUAAGACCCGCCUCAUCCAGUCAUCCUGGGCCAGCCUACAGGAGGACCACGCCUUGCUAAGCCCCACCCAGCUGUACCAUCUGCUGACCCAUUACAAGCUGGGACCGGCCAGAGCCCCACCGGCCUCCUGGGCCCCUCCCCCUGGGACGGAGCUCAGUGGUGACAUCUUCGAAAGUUUCCUGGACCACCCCCCUCUCAUCCUGCCAAAUGAGACGCCUCAGCUGGACCUCUCCCAGCCAAUCCCCAGCCCCGAGCUACAAAAGGAAGUGACACGCUUGCGCAACUUCCUGUGGGGACUCGACCAGGAUGAGCUGCCAGCCAAUCAGAGGACCAGGCUGUGAGCGCUGGACAGUUGAGCUCCGGGUAGAAGCUACCCUUAGGCACAGUUCUAGGAUCAGUUCACCAUCCGCCUCAACCAUGAAGGGAGAAAGACACAAAACUGACCCUUGAUCAGCAUCUAGGGGCAACCUCAUCCAUCUCAGCAACUUUGAAAUUAACCCUAUAUUGAACCCUCUGUCGUAAGACAGAUGCAAUGGAUAGGAAUGGCAACUGGUGUGAGGAAUGGCAACUGGUGUGAGGAAUGGCAACUGGUGUGAGGAAUGGCAACUGGUGUGGGGAAUGGCAACUGGUGUGAGGAAUGGCAACUGUCAAAAGAAAGUCAUAACACAAUGUAAUAGUUAUCUAACCGUAAGACAAUACAACUGUUCUUUUACUGUUCUCUAAACACUCUUUAUUUUGUAACACAUUGCCUGAAUGCAGUGGUUGCCUGAAAAAGAAAAGURCUGCAAAAUGAAGCAUAAAUMAUGGUAUGACAAUGUUAUUAUGUAGAAMAUAUCCCUGUAGGUCAGCUUUAUACUGGAUGGAUGGAUGCUCACAGAUAUUCUCAUAUAAAGAAUAUAGUAAAUGUGUAUUGUCACAGAACAUUAGAUUGUAUACCAAAGUAAACACUAACACUAUGAAGGAAACUGUUUUACCAUGUGUAUUUUAUUUCUAACUGUCCUCAUAUUAUAAAUAAAAUGUUGGUACCCUA